CUCAACCCCGCGCCGCCAGAGCAGCGGAACCUGCCUCUGCAGCGGGCUCCGGCAGCCGAAAGUUGGCGGGCUCCAGCCGGGCAGCGGCCCGAGGCGGCGGUGGGGGGCGGCCGGGGGCGGAGACGCGGCGCUGGGCUCUGCCCGGGCGCUCUCCUUCUGGGUGCCCGAGGCGAGGAUGAACAAGGCGAUCCAGCCCGAGCGCAGAGUGUCGGCGGUGGCCCCGGUGCAGGACGGCUCCGGCCAGCGGCCGCCGCCGCCCAAGAAGGACGUGGAGCUGCUGCUGGUGAAGGAGCAGAACGGGGUGCAAUACACCAGCAGCAGCCUCCUGCCGGCCGCCUCCAGCCUCCAGUACAGCGCCGAGGGGCAGCCGGAGCGGGAGACCUGGGGCAAGAAGAUCGAUUUCCUUCUCUCGGUCAUUGGAUUCGCUGUGGACCUGGCCAAUGUCUGGAGAUUUCCCUACCUCUGCUACAAAAAUGGAGGGGGUGCCUUUCUUAUCCCCUACAUCCUCUUCCUAAUCAUUGCUGGAAUGCCCUUGUUCUACAUGGAGUUAGCACUGGGACAGUACAACCGGGAAGGGGCUGCUACGGUGUGGAAAAUCUGUCCAGUUUUCAAAGGUGUAGGCUAUGCCGUGAUACUCAUAGCUCUUUACGUGGGUUUCUACUACAACGUUAUCAUAGCUUGGUCUCUGUAUUAUCUGUUUUCAUCAUUCACAUUUGAGCUUCCCUGGACAAACUGCGGCAACAGCUGGAAUAGCCUAAACUGUACAGAUCCCAAACUCUUCAACGCCUCGGUGCUUGGCAAUGGCACCAAGUACUCCAAGUACAAACUCACUCCUGCUGCUGAAUUUUAUGAACGAGGUGUACUGCAUCUGCAUGAAAGCAGUGGAAUCCAUGACCUUGGCUCGCCCCGAUGGCAGCUCUCUCUAUGCCUCUUGGUGGUAGUAAUAAUUCUUUUCUUUAGUCUGUGGAAAGGAGUGAAGACUUCAGGAAAGGUUGUGUGGAUAACAGCCACUUUGCCUUACGUUGUAUUAUUUGUAUUGUUAAUCCAUGGAAUCACAUUGCCUGGUGCAUACAAUGGAAUAAAUGCUUACCUUCACAUAGAUUUCAGAAGGUUAAAAGAAGCUACGGUAUGGAUUGACGCAGCCACUCAGAUAUUUUACUCUUUAGGAGCUGGGUUUGGAGUUUUAAUUGCAUUUGCUAGUUAUAAUAAGUUUGACAACAACUGUUAUAGGGAUGCUUUGCUGACUAGCACAAUCAACUGUGUCACAAGCUUCAUCUCAGGAUUUGCAAUUUUCUCCAUACUGGGCUACAUGGCUCACGAGCACAAAGUAAAAAUUGAAGAUGUAGCCACUGAAGGAGCUGGAUUAGUUUUCAUCCUUUAUCCAGAAGCCAUUUCAACCCUUUCAGGAUCAACAUUUUGGGCAGUGGUGUUCUUCAUAAUGCUUCUCACACUGGGCAUUGACAGUUCUAUGGGUGGAAUGGAAGCCGUCAUCACUGGGUUAGCAGAUGAUUUCCAAAUACUGAAGCGGCACAGAAAGCUUUUCACAUUUGGCGUCUGCUUUGGCACUUUCCUGGUGGCUCUUUUUUGUAUCACCAAUGGAGGAAUUUACAUCCUCACACUACUGGACACAUUUGCAGCUGGGACUUCAAUCCUGUUUGCUGUUUUAAUGGAGGCAAUUGGAGUUUCCUGGUUUUAUGGUGUGGACAGAUUCAGUGAAGACAUCCAACAAAUGAUGGGCUUCAAACCGGGCCUCUACUGGCGACUGUGUUGGAAAUUUGUUAGCCCUGCUUUUUUAUUGUUUGUGGUGAUAGUCAGUAUUAUAAACUUCAAACCUCUGACCUAUGAUGACUAUACCUUCCCUUUCUGGGCAAAUCGCAUUGGCUGGGGAAUAGCAUUGUCUUCAAUGAUCCUUGUGCCUGCCUACAUUAUCUAUAAAUUUCUGAACGUGCGUGGGACCUUUAAAGAAAGACUAGCUUACUGCAUCACACCUGAGAACGAACACCAUCUUGUGGCACAAGGGAACGUGAGGCAGUUUAAGCUUCAACACUGGCUAUCAAUAUGACAACUGACAGGUUGAGGAAAAAGCCAAUACAUUAAACUAAACUGGGAAUAAACGAAAAGUCAAGUUCAAAGCUCUCUUGAUUGUGCUUGGACCAGGCUGGCUCAGAGCUCAACUACUGAGGGAAGACAGCUUCUGCUCUCUGUUUUCAAUGCCUCCUUUCUAUUACUUGGUUUCAAAUGAACUUACAGACUGGUUUUCCGUUUCCUUAUAUCUUUCAGUGCCAUAAAAUCCAUAAGUGACCAAAUUUGUGAGCUUUGAUAGAGAUAGAAGUGGAGGAGGGAGCAGAAAAUUCAGCAUUAAUUAAAGAAACUCUUGUCUUGGAGAAAUAAAUAAAAAACAUAAUUCCUUUAAAAAUUCCUGCCACCUCAUUGUUUAGAGACCAACUAUAUACACAGAGAUGGAUGCAUCUCAAUUAUGAGACAAGAGUGACUUUAAGUGCACAUUCAUGUCAUUUGCUUUCUUUCAAUACUAUCCUUUGGGAUAUAAUUUUGCAUCCUUCUGAAGUGAAGACUCGGUGCUUCAUUUUCAGUGGUUUGUUAUUAGUCUCUUCUCUUGGUGAAGAAGGUUGUCUUUGCUGUGUAUGUCUGUGCCAUUUUCUGUGCAGUUGAACUAUACACACCGAAAAGUAACAGGGAUGGAAUUAAAUUCCUAUUGUUGUGGCUAUUGAGUACAGAAAGUAGUUUAACAAUACGCUGUACUUAACAAUGCAAACAUAUUCCUUUUUGUCAGCUAUUAAAAUGGCUUUAUCUAUCACAUGAUCCAUAUUCUACAGAUGUUGAGUUAAGCACCAAAAAUAUUUACAAGUAGUCAGAUUUUCCUUCUACAUUCUGUUAUAUUGUGUGACAAAGAAUGUACAGUAUAUAUAAAUAUAUAGGAACAGAGACAAUGAUUUUUAGAAUAAGCCACUCUAUCCAGUGGCACCAAAAUAUCAAAUGUUGGCUUUGUGCAAGUGCACUAUUAUUAUAAAUGUCCUCUAGGUUCAACUGCCAGAGCGUUUUAAGAGUUGUGUACAACAUCUUGGAUGGAGGGGUCUUCUAGGCAUAAUUCAAUUAUCUAGGCCUACUCCCUCCCUUGUGUAUUUCAAGCAGCUUUAUGCCAGCUAGAAAAUACAGAGCAAUCUUAGUGUGAUUGGGUGCUGUUCUGUAUGGUCACUGUUUUAAAGUCAUAUCUUCCCAGUGAUCACUAGGUUGCAGUAACUGUGAAUUACUUACUACAAGAACUAUUCUAAAUUUUAGAGACAGCAGGUUCUCAGUUGAAUCUAGUCUGGAGUUAGAGCCUUAAUGCUGAAUUUCUUUGCCUUUAUAUGUUCAAUUCAGUUUCUUAAUGGUUUUUUAAAUAUAUGUAGUGUUUCCUAUUUUAAUGGUUAUUUAUAUUUUUUUUAAUUCUUAAUUUUUUAUAAUACCAUCCUGGAAGUCUGAAAAUAAAAGUUUUCCCUAUUGAUUUUGUCCUUCUCCAUUUAACAACCAUUGACUUCCUUCCAACCCCCAAUGUUUCUAAUAGAAUUGAAAUAUAUCUACUUCUCUUUUUUACUUUAUCCUUUAUGCCCAAGGCGUGAUUGAAAAGCCAGAAAUAUUUAACAGUUCUUAAAAAUAGCUUCUCUUCUAUUUUCAGUGUCUAAGUGACAGAAUAUUGUCAUUGUCUUCUUUUUUUCUUCUUCAAAACACAGUGUUUUAAACCCAAAGGGCAUUGUCAGCUUUUUACCCAGGCUAAUGGACAGUAACCUGGUAGGACAGCUAUUGUAAUUUAUAUACAAAAAUCAAGGAGUUUAAAAUGUUAAAAUUAAAGUACUGUAAUUACCUAAGAGUCCAAACAACAUCUUCUAUAAAGAGGAAAAUAAGUUUAGGAUUCUUUUUUAAAUGGUCAUUAUAUAGUCACUCUAAUCAACGUUGCUGCUUAAAAUUAUGCUGGGGACCUUAUUUUGUAGAUAUAAAUCUUACUUUGAGAAUGGUAUAGCUUGCACAAUCACUGUUCUGAGGUCACCCAAAAGCUUCUCAGAACGGUUAUGGCUAUCAAAUUGAGAAAUACUAGGGGACUGUUAAAUGUGCCAAUCUUCAUGUGUCAUCACGUCAUAUUCCUUUAGAUCUGCCCAUAAAUGGUAAACUUGCAGGCUAACAACCUACAGCAAAGUUUAUUUGUGAAAAUCUGUCAGUGUAGAGUGAAAUGGCUGCAGAUGGAAUGCUCUCACACCAGCAUGCCGUUCUGAAGCCUGUGUGGUUUCCCUUCUUCUAUCUAAGGGCUUGUCUGCACUGGCAAUUUACAGCGCUGCAACUUCCUCGCUUGGGGUGUGUGAAAAAACACCCCCCCUGAGCACAGUGAGUUUCAGCGCUGUAAAGUGCCAGUGUAAACAGUGCCCCAGCGCUGGGUGGUUUUUUUAGAGCGCUGGGAGAGCUCACUCCCAGCGCUCUGCUGUGACUACACAAGCCACGUGAAAAUGCUGCCAGUGUAGACUAGCCCUAAGGGACGUUGGCGCUUGCUCCAACCAGCAUGUAAGGGGCCUGAUCCUGCAAAUACUCACGGGGUUCUUACUACUGUCCUAGUAGUAGUUCUUACUACUGUGAGUAGUUUCCACUGGUGGCUAUGCCCAAGGCUAGGGUGAUAACUCAUUACAUUAUUAUUGAUUUGUAUUGUGGUAGCACUGCUCUGCACUGUACAAACACAGAACAAGAAAAUGGUCCCUGUCCAAAGAGCUUACAAUCUAAGGGCUCGUCUACACUUGAAAUGUUACAGUGGCACAACUGCAUCAGUGUAGACAUUCCCUAUGCUGACAUGAGGGUUCUCUCCUCGGCAUAGGUACUCUACCUCCUGGAGGCGGUAGCUAGGUCCUAGCACUGUCUACACCGGGGGUUAGGUCAGUUUAACUAUGUUGCACAGGGGGGUGGAUUUUUCACACCUCUGAGUGACAUAACUGGGUUGACCUAACUUUUUAGUAUUGACCAGGCCUAAGUAUAAGACAAGAAAUAAUAGGUGGAGCUGAGGGACAGAGGAAUUCUGUUGUUAAUGGGACAACUCAGGAUAGUAAAGCUUACAUGAUUGGUCCUUAUUUCAGAGUGUCAGCCAGAAGGAGUCUCUCACAAUUAUUACAAGGCACUUCCUCUGCCCCAGAGAUGUAAAAUGUUGUUCCCUGAUUCUCCAUUAAAUGAGGGAGCAAGAUGAGUCACUUUAUCACAUCCCUGGAUGACAGAAAAGUAUGUUGCUAUUAGAUGCGACCGCAGGGCCUGCUGAGUAAUUAAAAUACUUUCAAGGAAGCCAUGCCUGAUUGUGUGAACAAUGUGCUAAAGACUCACUCUGUACUUUGUAAGGCAAUAUGGACAAUAUGUCCAUCAAAGCAGCAUCAGUCAGGAAUUAGAGAGAUUUGGUGCCAUAUCCUGCUCCUUUCAGGUACCAUCUCCUCAGUAUGUUCCUGUGUCUCACUGGGGAAAGUAGCAAAUGCCUCACACAGAGUCAGCUUCUUUAGGCUUCAACCACAGCCUUUAUGAAAGAUUGCUCAGGCAAAGCAGGCUCACAACCUCUGUGAGAUGGCUCAGCUAAAUGGCUCCCAUCAUAGCAGAACCAGUGUGUCUGACACCUCCAGCCAAGCAGUAACUCACUAUUUCUGUCCCCACACACAGAUGCCUGUUUGAGAGAGCAGACCUCCCCAUGCCUUAGAGCGGUCCCUAAGACCCAUUUCUGGUAAGGAGGCACUGGACACUGGAGAGAAAGAGUCCAUCCAACUCCACUACAUGCUUACUUAGGGAUAGGCAGAGUCUCAUAAAUCUCAGGAUUAGCAAAGCGAACGCCCCUUUACGCUAUCCCUUGUCACAGCUCAGUAAUUCCAGGGACCUCUUUGCAACCCCUGCAGAAGAAUAAAAAUUCCUCCCCCUCCUACCUCCUAGAAACAGACUCCCUCAGAAGAGGCAUAUGGCUCCAAGCUCAAACCUCUGUCACUUCACUUUCUUUAGAAGCCCCCCGACCCCCCCUUAUCUUCCCCCACAGAUCCCAAACUCUGAAGAUACGCCCCCAACACACACACAAAGUCCCUAAUAGAAUAAGAGAUGGCCUGGUAACCCAUUUUCUGAUAGAGGAAAGUGUUGGAAAAGGCCCUGCUCGUUUGCACCCCCAGACACAGCGUUCUCUCUCCCUAAAAAUGUGCUUGCUAGUUCUGUAGAUUGGUGAGCCAGUGCGGACACUCACCUUGGUCUGAGGGACAGGGUGAAGUGACUAUUGUAGGGAGCAUAGUGUAGGGCUAAGCAGGUUUAUUUGACAGCUUUGGAAGUCACUGUAUGUCUACUCUGCAAAAAAGGUGAGUUCUUAACUCAGGUUAGCUUGACUGCAUCAGCUAACAAAGGUUAAAAUAGCAGCGAAGGGACUGCAGCUCAACUUUUCAACCCCAUCCUCCCAUAUAAUCUUUAACUCAAGCGGCUAAAAUGAGUUACAAGCCAAUUUGCUGUGUCUUUGUUGCUAUUUUAACCCAAGUUACCUAACAUGUGUUAGCUAAUCCAAGUUAAAAUCACACCUAUUUUUUUGUGUGCUCUAUGGCUUGUUUCAGGAAGUCUUGUUUCGGGGCCAGCAAGGAAAGGGGCUCAGUGUCAUGUCUCCUGCGCCUAGGUAGUCCUUCCCGGCCUGACUGCCACUGAAAUUAGAGCUGCGCAAAAUUUUUCAUACAAAACUUUUUUUCUGAGAAAGUCAGAAAUUUGAUGACCUCCCAAACAUUUUGCAAAUUCAUCACUGUUUCCCUGAAAUAUUCUGAAAUUCAGUCUGACUUGUUUGAUACAAAAUAUUUCAAUUUUUUGGUUCCAAACUACAUUUCAUUUCAAAAUUUCUUUUAAUUUUAUUUAAAAACAAUAAAAAAUGGUUGAAAAUGAUCAAAAUCAAUAGGAAACAUUUCUCUGUGUUGAAAUUAAACAUUUCAUUUGACUCUAAACUCUUUUUUUCCAAUUUUUUGGAAUUGCCAGCAACCAAAAAAAUCCAUUAUUUGCCCAGCUCUAACUGCAGUUUACGACCUAGCCAUGAUCCACACUGUCUCACCAAGCCACAGAAAACCAACUAGCAGGUAAGAAGAGACCUUGCUUUUCCUUCAUGUUCUUUUACUGUAGCUCAGCAGUAGUGCUAUGAGGUUUCCAAAUAUCUGCAGUUUUCCACCACUUCAUGGUUGAAACCUAGAUUUCUAAUGGAAAUAUAGUGAGCCGUUAAAGUCAGUAAUCCAGAAAGUACCAGUGUGAUUUAAUGCUUGGCCUCUGUUUGAACCACUGCAGCGCUCUAGCUUGCCUUCUGUCAUGUCCUGGGGCAUACACAUUGGCAACACUUGAAAGGUAUUUUACCAUAGUGAGCAAUUAUGCAGGAAAUCUAGGAUAAAUAUAAAGUAAAGGGGGAGAAACACUUGGCCGUUUAUUGUACGUGUGCGGCAAUUGCCCGUGUGAUGCAUGUUGUAUGUAAUUUUCCCAGAGGAAGCUUCCUGUUGUUGACCUUUUUCCACAGUAAGAUGAAACAUCGAUAAAACAGCCACAUUCAAACAUCUAGUAUAUACAUUUCCCUUCUUACAUUAUUGUUUAGAAGUGAGUUUAAUUUAUUUUUUCCACAACCUGAUAAGAAAAAUGGCACGCAGAAAACAAUUUCAUUUUUCAAACAGUUUUCAUAAUCCAAAAAAGUUGUUCAUUUAACAUUAAUUUGGGUUCAGAUGGAAUGCAUAAGACAGGCACAAAAACUACAUUUGUUUUUGCUGGGUGUUUUGAAUGUUGGCUUAUUGUAUAUCUUGAAGUCUUAUCAAACGUUUCCUUAAACACAGGGAAUAGAUUUAAUGAAUCGACUCAGAAACAUAGACCAAGAAUUUCUGACAUGACUAGUGAUUUUUUGCCGUCUCAUUUGGGUUGAGACAUUUUAAAAUUAAGUUAGGAUCUGAUAAAGUGUCUCAAACUGGGCCCCCAAAAUCAUUGAUUUUGUUUUAGACUCUUGGCCACAACACAGGAAGAGGCAGAUUUUAUAAUAAAAAUCCUUGAAGAUUUUCAUCCAAAGGAAAAAGUCUUUGCACGCUGUAUUGAUUAGCAUUACUCAUACUAUAACCUAUGACAGCUAUUCAGUUAGAAGUCAAGCUACUGGGGACUGUAGAAUGAAGUUAUUGCUGUUUGAACACACUCUGUUCAGAAGAAGGGGGGUAAAAAUGACCUACAUCUCCUGGAGCUGCCUCUGCAGGGCUGGCCCCUCUGCCUUAAGGGCUUCAUCAACAGAAUGAGGGCUGUUCUAAAUAACAGCGGCUAACAGCCCCAAGGAGCUGAAUCUGAAGCAGAGGAUCAGUGCAGUGCUUGGGCAUCCAGGCCAUUGCCCUCUUUUCUCUGCCACACUGGCAAUAAAAAGGAUGCCUAGGAAUGGUAUAAAAGCUCCUACUUACCUGUGCUCUGUGUCAAAGGAUCACCCUUAGACUGAGAUCAUAGAAUCCUAGAAGAUUAGGGUUGGAAGAGACCUCAAGAGGUCAUCUAGUCCAACCCCCUGCUCAAAGCAUUGAUGAGUAUCCAAGCAUUGGCUGCACCAGAUUAUAACAGCAGAGCAGUGCAAAGUGGUUGCAGAAUCUGGUUCUCUGGCCGUUAAUUUAUGGCAAAUAAAAAAACCCCUAGAGUUAAACUCAAAGCAGGUCUACACUACAGUGGAGAUCAACGCUCUGAGAUCGAUCCACCAGUGGUCGAUUUAGCGGGUCUAAUAAAGACCUGCCAAAUCAACUGCAUAUCGUUUUCCAGUUGACCUGUGUACUCUACUCCCGAUGAGAAGAGUAAGGUAAAUCGAAGGGAGAUUUUCUCCCAGCGACCCCCCGUGGUGUAGAUCCCACGGUAACUCAACCUAAGGUAUGUAGCUGGAGUUGCGUAGCGUAGAUCGAUUUACCAUGGUAGUGUAGACAUAGCCUCAGUUAGUCCUUUGACCCUUCCCCCCAACACUUUAUUCCUCUUUGUUUGGCAAAUGAGCAUAUUCUAAUGAAAAGCUUCUACCUGGAAGGAAUCUAAAAAAGUCCAUGUGAGGGGGGCGGGGAUUUCUGUGUUAGAGAAUUGAGUCCUCAAUAUAUUUUUGCAGUCACAUUUUUUAAUUCCAAUCUAGGUGUUGGAACCCAGCGCUUUGCACUGUACUACAAUGAGUUGUUGUUCUGGUUUGUUUUUUUCCUAACCAAUAUUCUUGGGAGGCAAGGUUUUGCUGAGGUAGGGAUAAUGUUAGUCAAUAAGACCAACCAUGUGUGCACAUGUUCUUUAGCUUUGAUGAAAAAUGCAAUUAGCAUGUUUCUGCAAUGCCCUGAAAGGCCUAUUCUGAGAGGGACCUAACCCCCAUGUAUAGCUGGGGAUUUUUUAAUUAUUAUUAUUUAGACAAAAAAUGUUUCUGAACCUGGUUCUCCCACUCACAAUGCAAGAAGGUCACAUGACUGGGGUAGACCACCUAGGACUUUUGAUCUUUGUAUCACAAUUGGCUCAGUAUAUUGAUCUGAAAGUGAACGGGGAAAAAGGUAAAAUACCCGGAUAAAGGGAGAAGCAAGAACAGGCACUUCCUUCAUCUAAACCUCCGAACUUUUGUGAACAGAAGCUGUCAACUUGCUUUUUACGUUGGCGCUAAACCAAGUUGAUGUGAUUCAGGAAACUUGUGGAUGUCAACAUUAAUAAAGGUAGAUUAUUACUGAGCAACUUUUCAAUGUAUUAGACAUAAGAUUAUUAUCUAUAAUUUCAGUGUCAGUAUUUUCUAGCAAAACUCAUUUUCUUGAACAGAAAAAAUUACUAUGGCAAAUACAAGGGAAAAAAUUGAAUGAGAAUUGAAAGAAAUUAUUCAUUUUCACUUCCAAGGACAUCACUGGUGAGGAGGAAUAUUCUAAUAUCUAUUGUCUGACAAAAUAUUCCAGAAGAGAGACAUAUUCUGUGUCACACUAGCAAAGAGAGGGCACUUUAUCAAUUCUGCUGAUGUGAAAAGUUUGUCUAAACUAUGUGAAAGAAGUGGUGUAGCUCUAUUUUAAAACUGGGCAGUGCCAUUUGGCAGCAGUAUUGGAGACAUCGGUAGAAUUUUGGGUGAGACAAAGAAGCUAACAGGAUACUUGUAUCUGCAAGUAUCCUGUCCACUCUGGUGUUUUUCAGUGCCAUUAAGAUGGGACCUCUCUUCUACACCAGGAAUCCAACUUUUGGAUAUUGACAUGGAUUUUUCUCAUCUUAGCAUCUGAUGGACUAGAAUGUGCCCUUUAGUCCCCUCGUCACACAGUAUCACGUAGUGACCCCAACAAGAGGUGGAGUAGCAGUAACUAACUGUGUUGAUAAGCAGCAACACAGAGAAUCUGUAGCAGUUUUUUAGUAACUUCUUAUGUUACCAUGAUCUGAAAUGAAACAGUUCUUGUGUGCUACACUCUCGUGAGUGCUACUUACUGCUUGUUGCAGAUCAUGUACAUGUCAAGAUGAUGUGGUUCCUUCUGCAGGACCAAAAAUGUGAAUGCCCUCUGCUUAUCUUUAAGCCUCUGCCCCAAAUUUCAUUCACUCCAGAAAACAUUUCAAAGGUGGAUAACUAUACAGCCCAGCGUACAUCUUUUGAUGCCUAGGAGUUUUUGCAGGAAAAGGCAUCUUCAGUACAAACAUGUGGAGUAUGAUCAUUAGGGACCGAAGCUGUAGGUUUUAUGCACUCAGGUCAUUUUCAAAUUAUUCACCAAAGCACACAAACUUCUAAGAGUGGCAAGUUCAUGUAAACAUAGGGCCAUGUCCUCGGUUCUAUGAUACUCUGCAUAGUUGCAUUGUUCAUCCCCUGAGGAUGUGGGCAUGCUAUCAGAAUCAGAAGACCACCUCUGGAUGCUCUCCAUUGGAAUUCUUUAACUAUGUCCAUCAGACAUUUAUCAUUUGGGCUACUGGAGAGAACUAGGCUACAGGUAAAUAAAAUGUCAGCCUGCAUAAGAAUUUUCCAUGUGUUUUAGUUAAGUGACAACUUACAAUAAGGGGAUUUUUUUGUUUGUUUGUUCCCCACUCCCCCACCCCCAGUACCAAAAGCAAACUUAUUUAGUCACAUAGCAAUCAUUAUUUGAAGAAAUUGAUAUAGAGGGGAGAAGCAGACAGAGAAAUUCAGGAGAACUAAAUGACCAAAUGUAGUGUAGAACAAUGAAUGUUUUCAAUUAUACUGACCUCCUUUGUAAAGUGCUUUGAGAUCUACUGAAGAAAAAUGCUGUGUCUGAUCUAGGUAAUUUUAAUAGGACUGAUUCAAAGCCCAGUGAAUUCAUUGGAGGCAUUCCUGUGUACUUCAGUAGGUUUUGGAUCGGCCCCUAUGUGAAACAUUUUUUAAAGUCUUUCAGUCCUACCCUACAGUCUUCACAUAGGUAAAAUUUCUAUUAGCAUCAGCUUUGACAUUGAGAUCAGCUGACCUCUUGCUUAAGUACUGAUUGCAAGACCGUGCCACUUGUAUAUUUGUUUUCUUUUGUAAAAAGGUGCUUACUUUUCCUCUUUUACUGCAACUUUAAAUGGUUCUUUGAUUGCUAGAUUUCUUUAACAGGGUAACAUGCAAAAAUGCAGUGAACUCAGAAAAUCACUAAGCAUUAAGUUGUCUCUGUUUAAAUGUGUCAUGUUGUUUCUUGAUCACUGCCAAGACAGUGUUAAAUUUGCAGGUGACCUGCAUUUAUCAUUUAUUAUGUUGCACCCUCUCUAUGAGCCUAUUUGUGAGAGCUUAACAUUUGUGCACUUAGGGGAAAUAUUAUUUACUAAGGGAGUUUUUCCAAAUACUGCAUUUUAAAAGUAACUUAUCAAGGUUUGCCUUACAAAUGAAAGCUUUAUAGUGAGCAUUUACUUGGUUUACACAAAUGUUUUACUUAAUUUGUAAUGCCUUUUUAUAGCAGUGAUUAGAAUUUAUCUAAAAUAAGGGUACCUCUGUAUAUGAAUAUUUUAAUAUUUUUACCUGUUUUUUUUUAUUUUUAACAAAAUGUAAAUGUAUAUUGUAAGGCGAGAAAUUGAGCUUUUGUGUUUUCACGUAGGACCUGUUUCUCCAUUAUAAGUCUAUGUCAGGGGUGGCCAACCUGUGGCUCCGGGGCCACAUGGGGCUCUUCAGAAGUUAAUAUGCGGCUCCUUGUAUAGGCAUCGACUCCAGGGCUGGAACUACAGGUGCCAACUUUCCAAUGUGCCGGGGGGCGGGGGUGCUCACUGCUCAAUCCCUGGCUCUGCCACAGGCCCUGCCCUCACUCCACCCCUUCCCACCCCCCUCCCCUGAGCUGACAGUGCCCUCGCUCCUUCCCCUCCCCCCCAGAGCCUCCUGCACACCACGAAACAACUGAUCGGGAGAUGAGAGGAGGGAGGGGGAGGCGCUGAUCGGCAGGGCUGCCAGUGAGGGAGAAGCUGAUGGGGGGCUGCUGACGUAUUACUGUGGCUCUUUUGGCAAUGUACAUUGGUAAAUUCUGGCUCCUUCCCCGGUUCAGGCUGGCCACCCCUGGUCUGUGUAAUCAGCCAGUCUAGUUCUACAGUAUGUUGGCCUUUUGAUUAUAAAUGUAAAUGUGAUAAAGGAGAAUAAAGCAUUGUUUGCUACAGCUAAUGUGCACUGUAGAACAAUAUUCUCCAAAACUGCCUUAAUUUCAUAAAAGGAAGUCAUGCAUUUGUAGUCUAUAUUCUGAAGAACCAGUGAGAGCAUAUUUUUGCCUGUAAUUUUGUUUUGUUAUGGAGAACUGUACUUUAAAUAAAAUAAACUAGUGUCUAAUAUAGAUCCAUAUUCAAAUCAAGAAAUACUAUUUAAUUGCCAAAAAAAAAUGUCAUAGGAGUUGACAAUUUACCAGUAAUUAAACCUUCUCCAAAGUAUCCCAGCGGCCUCAAAUGUUUGAAUAAUGCCACUAAACUUUCACAUCUACUUCCAUGAGUUUGUACGAUCUGCAGAUACCUUUUCCAACCAUUUCAUUUCUGUAAAUCAUACAUUAACACCUUUCGAUGUCGGGAAAGAAACAACAUUUCAAUU